UAUUUACAACAAACACGUUCAAACAAAUUGACGACGGCGAUAAGAUAAUUAUCAGGCUGGUGUGAACAGCGGCACAGAAACAUUUAAUAUUAAUAACACGAAAUGUUAAAUUAACAACUUGCAAUGUAUGUUUAGUUUAUUUUUUUAGUUCAGAUCAUUAACUAAAAUAAAAUGGCUUGUGCCAUUGAAGUACAACAUAGUGGACCAUUUACACCAGGAAGUACAAUAACUGGAAAACUUUUAUGUUUUUUUAAGAAAGCCGAAUAUAUUAAAGGAAUAAAAUGUUAUUUGAGCGGUGAAGAAUUUACUCAAUUUAAUGUGGCCUCACAUAGAAAUUUCCAUGGAGUUAAAACUUUUUUAAGACGAGAAAUUGAAAUAAUGCAACCAUGUACACUCCAAUCUGGAUCAUACAAAUAUCCAUUUUCAUUCGAAUUGCCUGUUAGGAUUCCAUCAAGUUUUGAACAUGAAAAGGGAAAAGUUCUAUACGAAAUAACUGCAGAAGUUUAUAGAGGAGAAGAACGAGUUUAUCGCUGCACUCAUAUGAUACAAGUGUCAGUAACGGUAAACUUAAAAGACAUGGUGCACGAAAUUACGAUGGCACCAGUUACUUAUCCAUUAGAAGAAAUACUACGAUCACACUGUUGCUGUUAUAGUGCACAUGUUUUUUUGGCUCUGAGUUUGGAAAAAGACGCUUUUUUAGUUGGAGAAGACAUUAAAAUUAAAUUAAAUGUUAAUAAUGCAGCAGAUGUUAAUAUAAGUGAGGUGGUUCUAAAACUGGAGUCGCAUACAGAAGUCACUGCUACUGAACCACAAAGAAGAAAAUUUGUAGCUGUAGAUGACAUAUGUACAAAAAGUGAAAGUGGAGUGGAGGGGCGUUCGCAAAAAUUGUAUACCUUAGGUCUUAAAAUUCCGGCGGAUUUAAACCUUCCUUUUUUAAAGCAAUGUAAAUUAAUAAGACAGUGGUACACUAUAACGGCAGUUAUUAAAUUUAACGAUUGUUAUGACCAAGUCAGACUACCAGGUUAUGUACAACUAUACCAUGUUUCCAUUGACGCACCCAGACCCCUCGGUUUACCGCACCCAGCUGAGGAAGACAUAAGACCUAAAUUAAAUACUUCAAGAAACGUUAUUCCAGUAGAAAGUGACCCUUCGGCAAAUCGUCCACCAUAUCCUCUUGGUGAUUCCUAUUUUCCAUCACCUCAUCGUAAUUACAUGAUACCUCCAAAACCAGACGUACACCUUCCAGCUAGUUAUAUCAUUCGACCUAGUGCCCCGCCUUCAUUGCCAUCAGCGCCUUCUGCUCUGUCUCCCAGAAGAUCUCCGAGAAAUUCUCCUCCACCGGCAGAAACGGAAGCAUUGAUACUGCGAAAUGAUAUAGAACAGCCACCAACUUAUUAUGAAGCUAUACAUAGUAUAAACAGUUCUAAUGAAUAAAAUUAGUGAAAAAAAAAAUCGUAUUAUGAAAUACAGUUUUUGGAUGAUACAAACACGGAAGAUGAAAAAAUGGAAGAACAGUUUAAUGGUUCGAAAUGAUACAAAAAACUAGUAUGAUGUUAAUACAUCUAUAAUAUAAAAUAGUAUUCAAUCUACCUCUCUUUACUGCUAUUUUCUGUUAUAUAUGUUUCCUAAAGAUAUAAUUAAAUUUUAUUAAAUGGCUUACCAACUU